AUGGUUAAAGUUCCUGAUUUUGCAGAUGCCUCAUCUCUCACAGUUUCAUCAGAAUUGUGCAGAAGUUGGUGUUUGGAGAAUUGCUCCUGUGUUUCAUAUUCAUAUGAUACUGACAUUGGUUGUAUGUCUUGGACUGGAAAUAUAACUGACAUACGACAAUUCUCAAAUGGAGGACUUGACUUGUAUAUUCGUGUAGCACAGGCUGAACUUGGUAAAGUUAGAAACAUGUCAGUCAUCAUUAUUAUAACAGUGAUAACAGGAACUGUGUUAGUUCUUGGUUGUGCAUAUAUUAUGUGGAGAAGAAGAUAUAAUCACCAUGCAAGAAACCGGAAUGACAAUGCAAUUGGAGAACUGUCACUAAUUAAACUCCAAGAGCUAUUACUAUUUAAUUUUGGCAAAAUUGCAACAGCAACGAACAACUUUCAUUCAUCUAACAAACUUGGGCAGGGUGGUUUUGGACCGGUAUACAAGGGGACACUGCAUGAUAGUCAGGAAAUGGCUGUUAAAAGACUUUCUAAAGCAUCUGGACAAGGUCUUGAAGAAUUCAUGAAUGAAGUAGUUGUGAUUUCCAAGCUGCAACACUGCAAUCUUGUAAGACUUCUUGGCUGCUGCGUUGAAGGCGAGGAAAAAAUGUUGAUAUAUGAGUACAUGCCAAAUAAAAGUUUGGACGUGUUUCUCUUUGAUAAAUCGAAAAGAAAAAUCCUUGAUAGGAGUAAACGCUUAGGCAUAUUAGAAAGAAUAGCUCGAGGAAUGUUGUAUCUUCAUAGAGAUUCUAGGCUAAAAAUUAUACAUAGAGAUUUGAAGGCAAGUAAUAUCUUGCUAGAUAAUGAGCUUAAUCCAAAAAUAUCAGACUUUCGUAUGGCCAGAAUUUUUGGAGAGAAUGAAGAUCAAGAAAAUAUUCGAAGAAUCGCUGGUACUUAG